GGGAAAUUCCGGUGUGCGGGACACAGAGUGUGUCGUCACGUGUUCGGUUCCGCGGCUCGAGCUUCUCGUUUCUUCUUCUUGAGGAUAAAAGAUGUUUCUACAAAGUGACGCUGCAGGUGACCAGCUGAGGAGACGCAAGCCCUAACCCGGUGACGUCAGCAGACUCCAGCUCCUGAGGGGCCCCGGGCCCUUUGCACACACCAUGGCUGGAGACGACCCCUACCUUCAUUCUAACAACCAGAUCUUCGACACCAUGAUUAUGGAUCCACCGUGGGAGUUCCAGCCCUUUGCUGCCAUGUCUCAGACGGCGUCUCUGAGGACGGCGGACGGACCGUUCCUGCAGAUCCUGGAGCAGCCGAAGCAGCGAGGCUUCAGGUUCAGAUACGGGUGUGAAGGUCCGUCCCACGGCGGUCUGCCAGGAGCGUCCAGCGAGAAGAACAGGAAGACCUACCCCACCGUCAAGAUCGGUAACUACCAGGGUCCGGCCCGGGUUGUGGUCCAGCUUGUGACGGCGCUGCCCACCGUCCCUCAGCUCCACGCCCACAGUCUGGUGGGAAAACAGUGUGACAAAGGAAUCUGCAUCACGGACCUGCAGCCCAAAGACUCCAGCAUCAGUUUCCCAAACCUGGGGAUUCUCCAUGUGACGAAGAAGAACGUGGCGAAGACUCUGGAGGAGAGGAUGAUGGAGGCGUUCAGGAUGGGACACAACUGUGGCGUCUCCAUCCACCCGGAGAUCGACGCCCUGCAGGGAGAGGUUCGAGCCCCACGAGAGAUCCACGAUCACCAGCGCAGUGUGAUCAGCAGUGCGGCGUCUCUCCAGGCUAAGGAGAUGGACCUCAGCGUGGUGCGGCUCUUGUUCACGGCGUUCCUCCCCGACAGUAACGGAGGUUUCUCCAGACGCCUGGAACCCGUCGUGUCUGAGCCCAUCUACGACAGCAAGGCUCCCAACGCCUCCAACCUGAAGAUCGUGAGGAUGGAUCGAACCGCCGGCUGCGUGACGGGAGGAGAGGAGGUUUAUCUGCUGUGCGACAAAGUCCAGAAAGAUGAUAUCCAGGUGAGGUUCUAUGAAGAGGACGACUCGGGGGUGACCUGGGAGGCGCUGGGAGACUUCUCACCCACAGACGUCCACAGACAGUUCGCCAUCGUCUUCAAGACUCCGAAGUACCGAGACCAGAACCUGCAGAGGCCGACGUCCGUGUUCGUCCAGCUGAAGAGGAAGUCCGACAACGAGACCAGUGAACCCAAGCCCUUCACCUACCACCCCCAGAUCAUCGACAAGGAGGAGGUGCAGAGGAAGAGGCAGAAGACUUUGCCCAACUUUCAGGACUUCAGCGGGCAUGGAGGAGGAGGAGGUCUGUACAGAGGAGGAGGUCCAGCAGCAGGAGGAGGCCCUGGCUCUGCAGGAGGAGGAGCAGGAGGUUCAUUCCAGGGUUUUACUACCUAUAACUAUGGAGGAGGAGGAGGAGGAGGAGGAGGAGGAGGUUUCUCCACAGGAUACUCAGCCGCGUCUCAGAGCGACACAGUGGACGCCAGCGAUCGAGACCACCAUGACUCGGGGGCCGCGGGGGGGGCUUCAUCCCAGAGUGGAGGCGUGGAGGAGGGGGGGGGCAGUGUGGAGCCAGAACCAGACACAGCAGCUGAGCGGUGGGUCCAUGGCACCAGUCGACAGCUGGAGGCUCUCUUCCACUUCUCUGUCACCGGGGACCCAGUCCACCUGCUGGCUCCACAGCGCCCCCUGAUGGCAGCGCAGGACGAGGACGGGGACACCGGGCUCCACCUGGCGGUCCUCCACAGCCAGCAGGCGGCGCUGAAGAGUCUGACCCAGGUGGUGUCUGCUCUGCCUGGAGAGGAAGUUCUCAACAUGAGGAACCACCUGUACCAGACUCCUUUGCACCUGGCGGUGAUCACGCAGCAGAGCGAGGCGGCCGAGGCGCUGCUAUUGGCCGGAGCCGACCCCACGCUGACCGAUCGCCACGGCAACACAGCUCUUCACCUGGCGUCACAGCAGGAAGGGGGAGGAGCUAUGGUCCAGUUUCUACUACAACACCGAGAAGUGAGAGGACUGAUGGAGCACAACAACACAGCAGGUCUGUGCCCGAUCCACCUGGCUGUUCUGGCCAAUCAGCUGUCUUCCCUCAGGGAGCUCCUGGAGGGCGGGGCCGACGUGGAGGCUCCGGAGCGCAGCUGUGGAAGGACCGCCCUCCACCUCGCCACGGAGAGCGACAACGUGUCGCUGGCCGGCUGCCUGCUGCUGGAGGGAAACGCAGAGGUCGACUGCUGCACCUUUAACGGCUCCACCCCCCUCCACACGGCAGCAGGGAGGGGCUCCGUCAAGCUCACAGCGCUCCUGGUGGCGGCAGGGGCCGACCCUCAUAAGGAGAACUUUGAGCCGCUGUUCUUCAGAGACGACGAGUGUUGCCAUGACGACGCAGACGAAGGCUACAUCCCAGGAACCACUCCGUUCAACAUGGCCGCCACCAGCCAGGUCAUCGAGCUUCUCAACGGAAAAGAGUACGAAGCCAAAACUCCUCACGGAGCCGUGAGCCGACCACAAGGUGACCUGGCGAGCCUGGAUGUGGGGGUGAAGCAGGAAGUGUGUUGUGCCCUGGAGAGUGAAGGAUGCUGGGAGAAGCUGGCUCACAGUCUCGGCCUUGGGAUCCUGAACACGGCGUUCAGACUUAGCCCCUCCCCCGCAAAGACUCUGCUGGACAGCUACGAGGUUUCCGGGGGGACGGUCAGUGACCUGUUGGCUGGUCUGAGGUCAGUGGGAGAGUGCAGAGCGCUGAGCAUCCUGGAGGGGGCGCUGCGUCACUCUGAGGAAACGUCGACGAGCGUCGAGUCCCGGGUGAAGGCCGACGUUCGGAUUGACAGCGGCGUCUGUGACAGCGGGGUGGAGCUUUCCACAGCGUAAGGACGUGAUUGGUCCGUCUCCAGCUGCUUCAUCAGAAGAAGCACAAUCAUCAUCAUCAUUCACGACGUCUCAAGGAUUGAAGGUUUCUCACCGAGGUUUUAAAUGAAAUGUGUGAAACUGAUGAAACGUCCACGGCUGAUUCUUGAAUAUUCUUCCUGCGCCUCGGUCGGUUUAGAGGAACUCACCAAAACCGUCCAGGAGACUUUGAAUUCUCUUUCUGAUUCCUGCUCUGCUGACGGGACCAUUUCUGUCCAGACGUCUGCACCAGUGGCGGCUGGUGAUAAAAUGUAUUUUAGGUCUCGCACCCACGUGGACGUCCACUGUACCUCCGUGCCGACACAGGUGAAGCAAUGAGACGAAACCCCAACUCCAGUGAUCACCUCUGUUCCUCAGAACAAGAGCAGGAGAAGCUCCGGGGUUUUAAAACUCGUCUUCAUCACUUGCUGCUGAAUCUGUAAAUCAGGUUGGACCAAGAUCCUUCUUCCUCUUUGUGUCUUGUUGGGUUGUUUUUGAAA